AUGGGUUCGCAACAAUCUUCUUUUGUUGUCGAAAUUGCAGCUCCCAGGUAUGGAAAAUUUCAGGUAAGAAACUGUAAAAAAUGCUUUUUAUAACACAUGAAUUGUUGAUUACAGAGUUUACCGCAAAAGGAUCCUGAUGACGAAAAUUCACAAUGGAGAAUAACGGUAAACCCAGCAAGCGAGCUGGCAAACACAGACGCUUUACGUAGUUUGAUAACAAAGUUAUAUCAUAUACAAAAACUUUUAAACCCAUCAGACGUCAAACAAAUAUUAACCGCAUUAAAAUUUCUUGAUUCUGGGCAAGAGCUGAUGUUGCCUUUGCUUACAGUAAUUUCUAACUCUACUGCGUACCCAUCAAAUCAGGUAAGUGUAAUUGUAAUUUUUUAAACUAUUUUUAUUUUCAACGCAUUUGUUAUCUCAACUUAAUAUUCAACGAAACGAAUUUAAAUUUUUAAGAGUUUGCUCCGUCAGUUUGGUGUUACAAAACGCAUAGUAGACUUAUUUACGGAACGACAAUUUGAAUGGUCAAAAAGUUGUAGAAUUAUGUUGUUGCAAUGUAUUGCCAAUAUGGCAGUAGAUCACGAAAAUGAAGGGUUGUUACGAAAAGCUAUACCUUCAAUUGUGCGACGAACGGAAAGUACUGUUGACAUGGAAUGUGUAGUUGCGUUACAGGUAUGGGUUUGAGUUUCCUAUCAAGGGAUGCAGAAACUUUUCCUAUAGAUUUUGUAACAACAUUUAUAUAUUCUGAAAGAGCAUUAAUAGUGGUGUGGAAAACAGCCUUUUUUCGCUGCUAAACGAAUGGCACUAAUUUGCUUUAGCUUGUUAUAAUAUUGGUUCAGUAACUUAUUGUCGUGAGCGUUAAAGCCCACUACAAUUUUCAAUGUUUUUUAAAUAAAAAAAGUAAAAAUGCUUUUAGUUACCUUUACAAACACACUUUAUCCCAUAAUCAAAUUUUUCAAAAUUUUUAACUUACAGGUAAAAUACCCGACCUGUCCCGCUCAGAAUUAGCUCAAAAUUUUUAUAUGAAUUGCUUGUCCUAACAAUAGUGCCCAUGAAAAAUUUUAGCUCAAACUUUUGAGUUUUUAAUUUAAAUUAUAUUAAUUUCUCGCAAAUUUGGCAUUACGUUUCAAUGACUUUUUUCGACUUUCCAAAAAAUCUUCGCUCACAAUAAAAAAAUGUGAUUUAUAUAAAGAUAUUCCACUAGUAUAUGAAAGAAAGAUUCCUAAAAGUCAAAAAAUGGCAAAGUUAUAAACUUGAAACACAAUGUUUCAACGGGAAAUUUAAAACGUAAUUUUUUGAUUUCGAUUUUCUCGGGAUUUCCUGGGAAUCGCGAUUUAGUAGUUUGCUGAAGAUCUUAUAUUUACAUUAUCUUUCUAUAUAAAAAGUUUUAAGUCAAUCAAAGCGGGGCAGGUCGGGCACUUUCCUUGUUAAUUCUCUAGGCAAAAAGGAAUUAUUUCCUAAGAUACGAGUUUUUUUAAAACUCUGGGUAUACUCUUACAGGCGUUGACAAACUUAUCAUCAUCAAUCACUCCCGACCAAGUGAUGGUUUAUGUCCCAGCUAUACCUCACGCAUUAAACAAAUUAUGGGUUAAAGGUGAAGUUAAUAUACAUUCGCUUAAACUGCUAGUUAAUUUGUCGUGUUGCCCUGACCUUGUACCUUAUAUACUUGCAUCUAAAGUAAGUUAUUUUUAAAUAUAUAUAUGCUUUUCAAACUUAAAAGACCUUUAAAAGACCAAUUCUUAUAUUCAAUUUUAACAUUUCUUUAAGUUUACUUUUAAAUGUUUUUCAGUAAGAAUUACAACUAGUUGCAACUAUUUCUAUGAGUUAAUUUUUAGACUGUGACAGGUUUGUUUACUAUAUUGGAUGCAGAUAAAACUGAAGUUUUGCUUCGGGCUAUUACAUGGUUACUGUGCAUGAGUACGGCAGUAGAAGCAUUGUCAAUAAUGUAUGAACAAAUUGCACCGCUAAAUCAAGAUCCAUUUGGAAACGCUAAUUAUACGUUAUAUCAUACCUUAUAUGGGUUUAAAGUAAGCAACUGAAUCUUAAUGUUACGAGCUCAAUUUAGUUUUCUACUAAUUAUUUAUUUUUAUUUUGUAGGGUAAGCGCGAACUCUGUGAUCGUUGUCGACAUUUGAUGGAGAACAAGCAAGCUGAAAUUGCGGAGAAGUCAACAAGGCUGUUACGAACGCUUGGUAAAAUACAACCAAUGCGUGAAUCAAUGUAUUCACUAGACAAGAUGUUACAAUAA